AUGGCUAUUACAGAAGCAGAGAGUCUGCAGCUGGCAUUAUCAUCCUUCAAGAAACAAGCAAGAGGUCUCCAUCCACCUAGUUCAACCAACUCGUCAGGCAUUUUGGUCCACAGGCCAAACUGUAUCAUAACUACAUUGCCACCACCUAAGUUCACCCGCACAGAGGAUACUGGUCACCAACCUGCUGGAAUACCCGCUUCAACACAACGGCAUCAGGAUUGUUUGCACAUUUUAAAAACAAGAAAAUGGAAACAUCAAGCUCAUCGCAUACAUUUCGAAAGUGGUGUUAGAAUGGGUGUUGGGACCUUCAAUUUAAUACUAUCAAUAUUACCAGCCAGAAUCAUCAAAGUAUUUGAACUUGUAGGAUUCUCUGGAAAUAAGAAUUAUGGCAUUUCACUACUAGAAGCUAGUCAUGAAGAGCAAAGAGGACUUUGUCAAAUAAUAUGUACUAUGACACUACUUUCAUACAAUUUAAUUCUUACUUCAUUCUUAUGCUACUCUGAUGGCGAUUGAAAAUGGUGUGAAAAAGCCUUAGAAGAACAGCUUAAAAUGUAUCCAGAAGGAGCAUGGUUCCUGUUUCUAAAAGCAGAAUUAGAGUUUAUUAAGAGUGGUAUUGAAAAUAGUAUUGUAUGGUAUAAGAAGUCUAGAGUAAGUCAAGAUAUUUGGCCUCAGUUUCAUAAUCUUUGUUAUUGGGAACUUAUGUGGGUGUAUUAUAUACAAUCAAAAUGGUAUAGUGCCUGGAAAUUUUCUGAAUUUCUUUCAAAAGAAUUUAAUUGGUCAAAAACAGUAUACUUUUACCAACAAGCUGCUGUUAUGCUUAUGUUAAAACCUGAUUUAAAAAGUAAGGAACAGUUACAAAUAGAUGAAUUGAUGAUUCUGACUCCAAAAUUCAAACAACGUAUUGCUGGAAAAUCACUUCCUAUGGAAAAAUUUGUUAUCAAAAAGACUGAGCGUUAUUUUGCUCAAAAAAGAUUUUUAGUUUUACCCAUUUACGAGUUAAUGUAUGUUUGGAAUUUUUUCAGAAUACUUGGAAAGCAAUCUGAUAGACUCAUACACGUUUUCAAGGUCUUAGAAAAAGAAGACGAUUUGCUAAAGCAAGGCCCCUAAGACAAAUACCAUGCAGAUAAUACAAGACUUAUACUGCUACUUAAAGGAACUUGUCUCCGACAUAUGAAAUUAUAUUUGCAAGCCCAAGAUUACCUUAAACAAGUUUUGAAAAUGGGUAGAAGCAUUGAAGAUGAUACUUAUUUGCUUCCUUUUUCCACAGUUGAAUUAGCUCUAUUAGCCUAUGACUAA